CAAAUGCCGCAGAUGUGGACGCUGUUGUUGCUGUUGUUCGGCAUGGUGAUGGGAUAUGAAGGAAAUAUAGAGAGAAAUAACAAGCUACUCACAGAUGAGUUGCCUCGACCAUUAACGCCGUUAGAAGAACUGCCAGAUAAUCAGAACCAAAGUGAGAGGAAUCCCCGCUCGCGUCGCCCCACGCUGAUGGAUGUGGCACUACAGCAGAGUGUGCAGCAAGGACUCAAUGCCAUGGCCGAGCUGUAUGGUCGAAUACAACCGCAAAUGCUUCUCAAUGGGCAAACUCUGCAGCACAAUCAUCCAGCCGCCCUACUCUCACGCUUCAAUGCACCCAACACGGAAACUGAGCACCGAGAAAUGGCCGCCUAUGCAACCAUAGAAGCUGCCAAAGCCUUUCGUCAAAAUUUCCAGCACAUCGAUGAGCUGGCUCGACAGUCGCAUGCACAAAAGAUCUCAUUACGUCGCACAGCUCUAGAGGGGUUGUGCCCGGUCCGAGAUGCACCACCCUGCAUGCCGGCUUCGGAUAGAUAUCGCACUCAUGAUGGAACCUGCAAUAAUAAGAGAAGGCCUCGUUGGGGAGCUGCUCAGAUGCCAUUCAAUCGCUUUUUGCCUCCAGAAUACGGCGAUGGCGUAGACAGUGUUCGGAGCUCGACGGAUGGCAGCACAUUAUCCUCGUCACGUUUUGUCAGCCUCCUGGUGCACGGAGCCCGUGAGGGUGAAGCUCCACUCACUCUGAUGAUAGUUCAAUGGGGUCAACUGCUGGAUCACGAUAUAACGUCAACGGCACAGCCUCGAUCCAUUAACGGUUCCAUACCCAGCUGUUGCGGCGGCAAGGACUUUCAUCCAUCGUGCUUUCCCAUCAAGGUGCCACUAGACGAUCCAUGGUUGUCGCCACUCAACGUUCGCUGUUUGGAGUUUCUGCGUUCUGCCCCAGCACAACGUCGUGACUGUGUGCUAUCUUGGCGGGAGCAAACCAACCAAGCCACGUCGUACAUUGAUGCAUCGCCCAUUUACUCGAACAGCGCCAAGUCUUCGGAUAACGCUCGAGUCUUCCGUAAUGGCCUACUGAUCUAUGGUCGCGGAAAUCCCUCAGACGAUGUGUGUCAGCGAGGAGCUAUUGCCUCAAAAUGUAUUCGAGCUGGCGAUGGGCGGAGUGGAGAGCAGCCCGGGCUACUAGCAAUGCAUCAUGUAUGGGUAGGAGAGCACAAUCGUAUAGCAAUGGAGUUGAAUGAUCUAAAUCCCCACUGGAGCGACGAGAAGAUCUAUCAGGAGACCCGACGUAUUGUGGGCGCCAUGUUUCAACAUAUCACCUAUCGGGAGUUUUUGCCCUUGGUGCUAGGAAACGAGGUUUGCAAGUUGUUUGACUUGCAGCUUCUUAGCUCCGGUUUCUAUGAAGGCUAUGACCCAAAGAUUAAUCCUUCGGUGGCCAAUUCAUUCUCUUCUGCAGCUUUUCGGUUUGGUCAUUCUUUGGUACAGAAUUCCUACACCAGAUGCGAUCGCCAUCAUAAUGUAAUAAACAACAAUGUCAGCUUACAUGAGGAGUUCCAGAACGGGGACAUUGGAACAGCGGGUUCCCUGCAUCGUCUCCUGCGAGGAAUGGCUUCACAGCGAGCUCUGAAGCGCGAUGAGUUUAUUACGCCUGAGCUGACUAAUCAUCUAUUUCAAACGCCAGGAUUUCCCUUUGGUCUUGAUUUGGCUGCCAUUAAUAUACAACGUGGACGUGAUCAUGGUUUGCCUCCGUACACUUCAUGGCGUGUGCCAUGUGGUUUGAGUCCCAUUCAAAGCUGGGAUGAAUUUGCUAACGUAGUCGGACCGGAAUCUUCAAAGCGGAUUGGCCAUGCCUAUCGCAGUGUACACGACAUCGAUCUCUUCGUUGGCGGAAUUGCUGAAAGGCCGGUGGUCGGAGGCCUAGUUGGUCCCACAUUCGCUUGCAUCAUAGCUCAGCAGUUUAGUAACUCGCGCCGUGGGGAUCGCUUCUGGUAUGAAAAUAGCGGCUUCGAGAGUUCUUUUACACCAGCCCAGCUGCACUCCCUCCGACGGGUAUCGCUGUCGCAAGUCCUGUGCCGGGCAGUUGGGGGUGGCACCUUUCAACCGCACAUUUUUAUUCCAGCUGAGUUUACAGACAACGAGCGUCAGAACUGUGGCACUGGCCUCCUUAGUCCAAUUGACCUUAGUCCAUGGCUAGAACUUGACCCGUUCGCACCACCUCGGCCCAUCCAUGGCGAUGUUGAUCAUAUUUUUAAUAUCAUUAGCCCUAACGAAAUAAGUGCACCUUCCAUCGUUAAAGAGGACAAAGCGGGAUUUUCAAAUCGAGUGAAACCCGCCCGACCACACAUUGAAUUCAGCCCUAAUUCAUCAAACGGAUUUCAGCGACCUGACAAUAAAAACGACAACACGACAAACAAAGUUAGCGACAAACUUGAUUUAAUACGAAAACCGACGACAAAUAGUAACAGUCAUAAUAACAAUCCCCAACGCAAAGCAUCUGUUAAUAAUAAGUUGGACAAGUCCCCCAAAAUUACGAUAAACAUAAAAAACGUGAUUACCAGAAAUCCUUCUACAACAGUUCCGAAAAAGACAGUGAUAAUUAACAAUGUACCCUUAGAGUUACGCAAAGCCGUGAGUGUAAAUACAUCUACAUCGCUUCCAAAGAAUGACAUUUCCCUAGCAUCGCGGAGUGACGAUAACCCAGGCCUGGAAGGUCUUACUGAAAGCUCGCGAGCUGCGACGGUCGUAAGCGAUCCGACAAACCCGACUAACUUAACGAGUAAACGAGAACUGCGACGUUUGACAACAUUGAUGAAACCAUCAAACGACAAAACCUCAGACAUGGACGCAGAUGAACGACUUCUGGAUACUCAGGGUAACAUUACAGAAAUUACCUCGGGAUUAAUUAUACAUUCCGAUUCCACACCAAGCAUGAUUCUCGGCCGUUCAAGUCGUACUACGAAGUCGUCCAAAUUGUACAGAACAACAAAGCGUGGUGUCGAACUACGUAGUCAGUAUCAAAGUCGACCGCCUUAUCCACAAAAGGUUGUUGUCAACGGUCCUAAUACAAGUGAUCAAUACGAAAUUGAAAUUAAUAUACGACAAACGAAUAAAGGUCCAGUAACGCGACCCGUGGAAUCAGAUUAUUCCGAAUACACUACAUCGACUAAUUACAAGCCCUUCAAUACCUAUGAGAACAGUUAUGCGCCAAAUUAUUUGCAUAAAUUUGCGAGUACAACGCCUAGCUACACCUAUUAUCCAACUCAUAGGGACACUAAUUUGCCACUACAAAAAACCAAACCCCCGACUAUUAUCUACUUGAACGACAUUGAAGAUAGACGGACUUCCACCCGACCACCGAACAUCUUCCAAAAUUUCUUAAGCUUUGCCACCAACGGACUUAACCCAAAUAUAAAUAAACGACCAACUGAGGCAACUGAUCUGAGUCCGAUCUCAGCGGGCCAAAAGCCUCGACCCUAUCACGAGGCUUCUGUGGUUAACAGUCCGCUUAGCGGAAGUAACUCACAAGCUGGAUAUGCUACCUCUGGGCAGUCACUUCCCGUUUCGACAAAUUCCCAAAUGGGCGUCAAUUCCCCAUCAACCUAUCUGCAUGCGUCUAGUAGUGUAAUUAGCUCAGGCCACUUUGGCAGUAUUUCAGGUGUAGCAAGUGCAAAUGGAGCCGAUAGUACAUUCAGCUUUAAUAUACGGCCACGUCCUCAUACUAAUGAUAAUCCUUAUCCUGUUUUUAGUUCAAAUGCACGUCCCCAAAGUUUUGGCGCUAGUUAUGGCUACGCAUCGCACGUACCUUAUCAGCAGAGCCAGCCACAUCUAUUUUAUGAUCGAGAACUGAGCCAGACUCAUACGAGUCCCUUCUCCACUGGCACUGCCGCUGGACAGAAACCUUGGUCGCAGCCACAGUAUUAUGAUCGCAGUCCUGAACUGAAGGAAAUAGGCAAUAGUAACAAUGAUCCAUCGAGUACGGAUCACAAACUAGACUUAAGAGAUUAUGACUAUCUAAGCCGAACGCUGACAAAUAUAACUGAAGACGAAAACCUACACGACACCACUGAAGAUUACGUGUACGACGAAGAUGAGCCAAAUAAAAUCAUUAACUUCGCAAACUUAGGCAAACAAGCAGGUUACCUGAAACUCUCCUCCCAGAAUGACAUAGGAACGGAAUUGAAGGACGAAAUAUCGAAAAAUAUUUCUACGAACAACGACAACAGGACUUAUGUGGACGACAAUUACGUACUUCCCAUGCUAGAAAACAACCCAAUGACAUACGUUACGGAAAUGCCCAAUCCUAUACUUUCUUCCUCCACUAACAGUAAUGUUAGCGUUUUUCCGGAUACUAUAAGCAAGCAGCUAGGCAGUAAGAUAUUAGCAGAGACUAUUGAAUAUGACGCACAGGCUGAAAACUUAAAGCAGUCCGCCCGUUAUAAACAGCACACCAAUGUAGCCUUUGCACCGAUAAUCUUGCUUACUAAGCCGGACAGACCCGAUAAUUGGGUCAUUUAUAACAAAACAAAUGAGGAGCCGCUAUUACCACAGCCACCAAUAGUGUCCACUGGUAUAGGUGCAGAGCCAACAGUAGAAGUGCCCACGCCUUUCAACAAGGGGAAACGAAACAAAGGAUUAAAACAGGAACCUAGUGAGAUUGAGAUUGAAAAAAAAGCAGUAGAAAUGCCAAAUUAAACUAAGAAUAUUUAUGUAUUAGUACAAGUUUAUGGACGUGUGCACCUUUAUUGCAUGAAACUAUUUAUUUAAUAAAUAUUUAAUACAUA